AGGUCUCGAUUCGUCAAGCUCUUAUACAGUGAUACAGAGUUGCUUCCAGGAGGAAAGAGGAAGAAGGAAUUAAUGGGAAAUAAUGCGAAGGGCGAAGAUGAAAAUCAAAGCCGAAACCCGGUCAAAUAUAAGCUUAAUGUGAAGGGCGAAGGUGAAACUCAAAGCCAAAACCCGGCGAAAACCAACAACAAAAAGCGUAAGGAAGUCUUUCCUUAUGGCAAUUACAGGAAUUACUAUGGCUAUCGAAUAGGUCAAGACCUAGAUGAAGAUCCUCGAUUGAAAGUCUUCAGGAAGGAAUGGUUUGAGGGAAAGGAUUGUCUUGAUAUUGGCUGCAACAACGGGAGAAUUACCAUCCAAAUUGCAAAGAAGUUUCUCUGCCGGAGCAUUCUUGGAAUUGACAUUGAUUCUAAUCUGGUUCAGGAUGCAUACUGGAAUCUGAGAAAAGCAGUCAAAUUAGAGUCUUCUGUGAAGAAACCUGCAAACGCCUCAAAGCUAAGAGUUGAGGACCAGCCUGAUGGUAAUUUAGAACAGAGUGUUACUGUCUCAUCAUCUUAUGAAGAGCCCAAAGAACCUUCAUCUAUGGAGGGCAGAAAUCUGUCUGAUGUUGUUUCAUUCCAAAGAGAUAAUAUUGUUAAGAGUCAUCAUUCCCCAGAAAAACGCUAUGACACAAUUAUAUGUAUGAGUGUGACAAAAUGGGUACAGCUCAAUUGGGGGGAUGAUGGCUUGCUCACAUUAUUUGCAAAGAUUUGGAAAAUGCUUCGACCAGGUGGUGUUCUUGUGUUGGAACCUCAGCCAUGGAAAUCAUAUGAAAGUAAUCGUCUUGUCUCAGAGACUACUGCUGUCAACUACCGUAAUAUAAUGUUUCGUCCAGAACAGUUUCAGGAAAUACUAUUGGACAAGGUUGGAUUCAGAACCGUAGAAGAUAUCACUUCAGAAUUGUCAGGGACCAAAACUGGUUUCAAUAGACCAAUUUUGGUGUUUAAGAAAUGAGCCAUACAGAAAGUCAGAUAUCUUGUUCUGUCUUGGUAAAGUGGAGGGUCAAUGCAACACCAGCAACUAACGACGAGUAUAUGUCUGUUGACUUAGCCCGGGUGAAAGAGGGACAAGUAUCUAUGAAUACGACGGCGAUGUUUGCCGCAUUGCUUGCUUGGAAUGGGCGUGAAGUGAGUUGGUAGUACAUAUUUGAUCAAAUUUGAUAUUUAAAGCGAAACCGGCAAUGCCUACUCGAUGCGUUUCACUCCGGUUCGAAUUCUGCGCACAUCAUGGGACCGUCCAGCUGUAUUUGAUUAUAUCCUAUGCUGCUUUGAUUCAUGGAA